AAACACACCACUUGCCUUCUCACCUAGACCGCUAUCGUCGUUCUCUACGUUCGCUCCCCACCCUCGUGGUCGUCACGUAGUCUUUUUUCCUUCACCCUUCCGACCCCGACAAAUCACCAAACGCUGGCCUAAAACAUCUCAAUAGACAUCCUCGAUGAUGAUAUUCACUUCCUUAUUUUUGCUGCUUGCGACGUCUGCGCUUGGCCAGACCGUUUACGACUCAGCGCAUAAUGUCACCGCCAUCACAGGCACUUGGAGCUCUGGUAGCCAGAACGUUGUCACUGGAUCCGGCUUUGCUACGCCGUCUCAAGAGGCGUUUACAUACCCAAAGACAACAGGAAUGUCAUAUUCUUUCACCGAUGAUGGAUUCUACGAGAUCGCGCGGUACCGUAUGACAAGCAAUGGCACUGUACCAACCUGCAUCACCGGUGUCAUGAACUGGUCUCAUGGCACAUACGUGCUCGCCAGCAACGGCUCCAUCGUCAUGACCCCCUUCGGCGACGGCUAUCAACAAAUACAGGAUCCCUGCGCGGCCACCUCCAACUUUAUAGAAAACUACAACUAUACCGAGCUCUACAUUCUCUGGAACAUAUAUCAAGACGCAGUCAAGGGGUAUACCCUCCAGUUAUAUCAGUUCGACGGUACACCUUUACCCCCACAAUACCUCAUAUCCACCUCUCCCAACAUGCUUCCGACUCAGGCCCUCCGUAACGUCACCGGAAGCACAACUACAACCACGACCACAACCGUGCAAAAUGCAGCAGUCGUCAACGCCAAUGCUGGGGAGCGCAGAUGGGGAGCGGCGAGCGUGACAGGGCUGCUUACGGUGAUCUCAGGUCUUGGACUAGCCUCUCUGCUACUGUAGAACGGGGACAUGAGACAUGAUGAUGGUUUAUACCUGCGCCACCGUUGUCGUCAUUGUCAUCGUAUUUCUUAUACUUAUCACGCGCGCUUUUUUUGCAUCGGACCCUUUGGACACAUACCUACCUGCAUCGUCGCGGAUCCUUUUAAUCGAUGCGAUAUGGAUACCCUGUGAUCGACUGCAGCAGACGCUCGUUUUGAUAUGCGUUACGUCACAGGGUGUGUGUGUGUGGUGUGGGCGGGCGCGGUGUGUGCUGUACCUGGGCCAUGGGUGAUACAUCUCUCUUGC